AUGUCCGCCGGCCAUUAUGACUUCUACCUCUCCGCCGAAGAAUAUUCCGCUUCCGAGGGGGAGGAAGAGCUGCUGACCUGCCAGACUCUGAUAACUCUGAAGAAAGCGCGUCAUGGGCCUGCACGAUCCAAGAGUGCGAAUGCGAGUGAAUUGCGCUCUUUCGGCUUGCUCUCCACUACUGUCGACAGCCCCAGUGUGACGGACCCCCUGGCUGUUGCCAGCGCUCGAGUUUGGAACGCUGAGCAAGUGACAGCGUCGUCGGCUCUCGAUCGACUUCCUCUUGAAAUCUUACUGGAAGUGAGUGUAAGAUGCCUGUGCUUGAGAUUUUGCACCCGGACUGAAGCUGUGGCCUUUGUCUGUAGAUAUGGACUGGUGUGGAUGAGCCUCAGUAUCUUGCGCAAGUCUCAAAGCGUCUGCAUGCCACCGGCAAAGACCGCAACGUAAGGUCGGCAUGGCUAUGCCAUCGCUUCGAGCCAUGGUUGGUCAUCUACGAGGCGAUCAAGCGCCCGAAGCUUCUGGAUCCACUGCUUCUUCGCAAGUUGCUAGACAGGGGCGCCAUUCUUUCCAGAGCCCUUGUUCAGGAAGUCCACGCGCGAAGUGUAGCGCAGGAAGGCGAUAUGUUCCCUUAUACCAUCGUAGAUGCCCCAGAAUCUUGGGGUCUUGACCUACCCUUGACCACUGUGAUCGCAUUGCUGAAUGAAGGCUAUCAGCUCUAUGGUCCCCAAAUGAGCCUGCGGCCACUUGAUCAGGAGGUGUUGUACGGUGAGUGUAGCUGUGCGCUGACAUUGUGCAUUAGCGACCUUUAGCUGAGAAUACUCGCCAUGGCUGCUCGGUAGAAUAUCUCAGUCUGCCGGGAGCUCGAAAGGCUUUGAAGCCAGUGCUUCUGAGACUUUUCAAACACUUCAACGUGGGCAUGUCCUCGCUUGCGCACACCGAGCUUUUCACUGACCCGCACUUACCCUUCAUGGCAGUUCAUGCCUUUAGCGCUGAACUCCCUUAGUGUGAGGAUUGCCCGCAAACUGGAUCGCCAUGAAGCUCUGGCUCUGAAGAAGGACUUGCCUGAAGGCGGAUGGCUAGCUUGGCUCGUCAUCCUCGGCGAUAGCGAUCUGCUUCGCGCGGCACAACAGAACGGAUUUCGACCAGAAGUGCGUGACGCAAACUUCGACCGACGUCUUUGCUGCAAGGCGCUUAGCCGAUUGCUCUGUCCGUGUGCACAGAAUUGUCUGCGUCUAGGAAGCUGGCUGUGUACUAAAGUACUCAGGAAAGAAGCCCCUUUCGACUAUCUACAGAACAUAGCUGCAAAAUUGCGGGUGCGUUGCGACGGAAGCGGCUGCCAUCGCGAAAAGGGAAGCGGUCUCCUUACAGUUUAUCUUUGGGCGGCAGGAGCUUCAAGACUUGAAAAUUGUGGUCAUCACACGUUCAUUUGCGGCAUCAAUCAUCUGCGAACUCAGACUGCCGAUAUUUCAGAACACAUGGCGAGGCCUAUCGGCCUCUCAGGUGUUCGAGCGCAAAGCUGAUACGUACGAGCGAUACCAUGCUCUGCUGAGCCUGGCUUGCGCGGAUGUACUCCUCUUCGACUUGGCGCAGCUGGUUCACGAGCUGAUUGUGCAGUUUCAACGAAUUCCCGACGACGUGACGUUGGGUCCUAUGUUCCGUCAAUUGGAGGAAAACUUUGAGGGAAUUGACGGCACCCACCAAGUAGCGCUGACAACCUUCUGGCAUGCGCAAACGGACGAGCACAGUCUAUCUUGGGUCCAAGCGCAGCUCAUUGACCGGAAAGGUGUGUGCCACAGCACUUGCAUGACCUGGGCUGCUGCUGACUGAGGAUGCGAUGUCUCUGCGUACAGUCAGCAUCACCACUCUGCAGACCAUUCUUUUGCGCCCUAAUCAUUACUCCACACUGCCAGUGGAGUAUGCGUACGUUGAGUAUGGCGGUGAUGAGACUUCUCGGCUCCUAGCAUCAACGAUUCCGCAUCUUCUACGAAGACGCACAGCCGUGAGUCGCAGUGCAUAUUUUUUGUCGCAGUACCUACAGCUCACUCAAGCUCGAUACCAUCAAUAUCUUUUGACACCGCUCGUUCAGGGAAACUUGGUUCGGUGCGCUUUGCAGCUAGCUUGGAGUCCACCUUCAACAAGCGGACAUUCCUUUCCUCUCUUUGAGCAGGGCAUUAUGUGACGCCAAAGGAGGCCAUGCCUGGCAGCAUGAAGCCCUCAAGGUGGCCCGCGCUGCGGUGAAAGCUUAUGGUAAACCUUGGUACUAGCAUGGCGCUCAUGUCAUGGACCUGACGCUGACCUCUUACCUUGCCCCUCAAUCACCCUAGAUUUUACUUCAUUGGAUCUCGGACCCGAAAUCUGGAAGGUGCAGCCAAAUCAAAACAAAGGUGGCGCGGGCAUCUCACGAGACGAGAGACCAAAUUCCGUUCUUGCGUGUCAAAAGACCAACGGAAAAAAUCUCGAAGCUCAACGCCACAAGUCGGGACCGCCUGGAGCACGUGUGACCUGGCUCACAGAGCCGGUGACAUGCUUGGGUGUGAACAGCUCCAGCGACGCAGGAGAAUGUAAGAAUUGCCUUGCUCCGAUGGCCGCGCCGAACAACUGACUCUGAUCCCAGAUCAUGCUCUAACGUCACAGACGCGGUAAUCUUCAAGGCAAAUGUCCCUUGCGCCUGCACGCUUUCCGACAGUAAACAUUUUGUUAGCAGCGAGUGCUUAGACCUCGCAACUGACCCUCUGGAGGAUCUCAGCGGCAUCGACGAAAGCGAGGCCGACGAGAACUUCACCGGGAUCGAACCCGAGGAUAAUGAAUCUGCACGGCGGAACUUCUUUGACCUUUGUCCUGCCAAUACCAGCAUAUCUCCCCGACCAUUGCGCGUGGCUCCCCACCUUUUCUGUAAACUUCCCGGCAUCUCGGCGAGCGCGCGCCGCGAAGCCGCUCACACUCUGCCUGUGCAGCUCCUCGACCUCCAUGAAGCGCGCGGCGCAAGGUGGGGCGUCGAACGAGAAGACUCUAGACGCCACAACCCGAAGGCUCCUACGCAGAAGACGGUAGAGGCCAUUGCGAAUGGAGACGAAAGGUUCACGCCACACGAGUUCAUCACCCCAGGUGAAGGGUUACGGCCCCUUCUCUCCCCCACAGAGCUUGCUUGUAAGUAGGAAUCCGCCCUGUGACGGUCGAAGUCUUGUGCGUGUGCUGAUGAUCGUUAACGGUUUGCAUCAGACGACGUGGUCUUGAAACAUACUUUGGCUUGUGGUGGGGAGGCCGAGACAGCAGCUUUGUAUGACAAAGGAGCGAUUCCUACGGCAGAACAUCUCCGUAUACUACAACAUUUUGGCCGCAGUGUAGCAGGCGCGUUCUUCUCUCGAAUUCUGAAGGGGGCCCCUUUCCGGGUCGAGCACUCGACUGAGGCAGCUUCUGAUACCCCGCCCCCAGCAGUGGAGCCGGCGUCGUGAGUGUUGGGUCCGGAAGAAUUGUCACCUAGCUGCGAGAGACUGACAAUCUUUUCCUUGGCUGACAGAUCCGACUGUUACGCAGUCAUUGACGAGAUGUGCACAAGUCGUGAAACGGGUCUGAUUGAAAUCAGCGGGAUCUACGACAGACUCAGCGUCACAAGAUCUACGGCGCAAGUUUGCGAAAGAGUGUUGCCCUUCGCAAAAGCAGCGUCUGAAGCUGCAAUCCGGAAUGUCGCGAACCUUUCACAAGAACACUUGUCCAGAGAAAUCCAAGCUCACACUGCUGUGGUUGCGGAAGCUCUAAAGGCGAAAGGACUUCCGGCAGGAGUCCGAGUACCCAUGGAGUCGCCGCCACCAGAGUCUGAGGAUGAGCUGAUGGUGGACCCGGUUCCUGACACUGACGGCGCGAACCCGCAUCUAUGGGGAUUGCAUAAUGGAAAAGUGAGCAUGGCGGCGAUGAAGCCUUGGACGGUCGCAUCCAGCUAACCCGGCGGCGUGCGUUUGCUCUCCAGCCGUUCAACAUGUCGCGAACUGAUGCAGCCGAGCUUCUUCUGUCUCUCGACGCCUGGCUCAAGCACCUCUCCUUCUGCGAAGAAGUAGAGCGCCGUCGCACCAGCCUCUUGAUCCUCGGAUCGCCGGACGGUACAACGACGCCAAGGAGGGCGCAUUUCACGGGUCAAGGGAGUAAAUCGACUGCAAACCCGUUAUUCUUCAGGAGCCUCAUAGCUGGUAUGCAAAACAUUGGGCGCUGGAGGGGCACUCUGAGAGAUGCCUUGGCCAACGAAGACGAAGAGAAGCGACCGCUCCUCAUUGAUCUAACUGGACUCUGGCUUGAGAUUCGGCAGGAGUAUUCGAAAGAGGUUUCACACAACAUCGUCGAUCGCACAGAGCGCCUCAUUGCAGGGAAAAACGUGUCUCCUCGACCUAGGCGCCGUGGCCAACUUGGCAAAAAGCCGAAAUGGUUCAAUGAGGAGAACGAGACGAUGGACCCGACCUACCAACCUAGCGAGUCCUCUGGCUCAGGAAGUGAUUCGGAAAGCGAUUCGGAAAGUGAUUCGUCAAACGACGUUAUGGAAGCUGCUCCACCAGGCGAAGUUGCAAGCGACAUGAAGAUCGAAUGA